AUGGAUUCCCUCCGCGCCGCUCUCCAACCAAUCACUCACAAUCUACCAGCUCCAAUCCACGACCUCGGCGUCUCUAUCGUGGGCGAGACCUGUUACAAAACCCUGCUCCUCGACAUCGACAUCUCCUCCCCCGAAUGCCUCAAGCUCGCCAUUUCCAAGGGCCUUGGAAUCGGUAUCAUCGCCGCCUCAUCCAUCGUCAAGGUCCCGCAGAUCCUGAAGCUCAUCAACUCGCGCUCCGCCUCGGGGAUCUCCUUCCUCUCCUACCUGCUCGAGACCGCCGCCUACCUUAUUAGCCUCGCCUACAACGUGCGCCAGGAGUUCCCGUUCAGCACGUACGGAGAGACGGGCUUGAUCAUGGUGCAGAAUGUCGCGAUUGCCGUGCUGGUGCUGCAUUACAGCGGGAAGCAGAGCGCCGCGGGACUGUUCGUUGCGGCGUUGGCGACGGGAGCUUUCACGUUGUUCAGCAAGAACAUGGUGGACAUGAAGACUCUGGGAUACCUGCAGGCUGGUGCUGGAGCUCUGGGUGUUGCCGCGAAGCUGCCGCAGAUCUUGGCCGUUUGGCAAGAAGGUGGAACUGGGCAGCUGAGCGCUUUCGCUGUCUUCAACUAUCUCCUUGGCUCCCUCUCUAGAAUUUUCACUACUUUGCAAGAGGUAGACGACAAGCUGAUUCUGUACGGAUUCGUUGCUGGCUUCGCGCUGAAUGCCGUCCUGGCCACCCAGAUGGUAUAUUACUGGAAUGCGCCGGCCAAUAAAUCAACGGAGUCGAAGCAGAAAAAGAAAUUGCCUGUUGCGGCUGCCUAUGGACAGUCGACCGCGACCUCGAUCCCCAAAGGCAAGAGCCCGACUACUCGCAGAAGAGGAUAA